AUUAGGUGUUUGUCUGGGAUUCUUAUUUUGCGUUAUUUAAUUUAAUAUCAGGAAACUUGUACUUUUUUUUACACAAGAGAAAUAUGAUGGAGGGUUUCAAAUUUAACAACUUCUGAUAGCGAUUGUCUUCCUAUUUAUGAAAAUUGGCAUGAGUCACAAAAUGGUAGUGGUAGUGUUAGGGGAUCAGUGUAUUAUGUUGCUGAAUAAUUUCCAGCAACAGCUGCUAUACAUGCACACGAGCUUGACUAUAGUAUAUGACACAUCACUCCCCGACUGCUCGUAAAAUAUGAUGCAGUGCAAAUUACUUGCAAACACACUCACUGCUUGAUAAUUUUGUUCUACUCAGUACACUUUGCACGCAGUCACACUUCACAGACUAACGGCAAGGAGUGCAGUUAUUCUCUCAGUCACCAAUGUAAGCUGAAUGGGAAUGGAACAACGUAUAUUACAGCAUACAGCUCCACAGUCAUGCAGUGGACAGAACAGGUCACACAGACGAUAUCGGUGCAUCAGAAAUUUACAGUUCAGUUAGAGAAUGUCAGGGAUAGGGAUAAGCUCACAUAUUCACUAGCAAGGUUUGUUGGCACUGUGACACCAAAACCGUCGUCCCAGUCUACUAAGCUAAUGCUUCACAACACUGCAACAGGAUCUUCCCUGUCGUAUCCAAUCGCAGAUGGCUUCUUCAAAGCGUACAUCACUCUUUCGCCAGGAGGCAACAAUCUCGAGUUCCGCAUCGAAGGACGAAAAGUGCACGGCAUCACGUUAGAGUUUUCGAUACCGGCGCGCGACCGUUUCAUCCGGCUUGUGUACGUCCGAUGUAAGGACGAUGAUGGCCGCUUCCAAGCUCCGGAAUGGGAAGAUGAUUCCGCGGAGAGCGCUAAGCGUCGCGUCAUCCUCGGAGCGCAGCUUCUGCAGAUGUUCGUGGCGGAGAAGAUGCGGGAGGCGGGGCAUGGCCGCCGGACCAUCCACUUUGAGAGCGAUGCCGACGGCGUCCCGGUGUGCCACGAUCAUGAAACGCGGCUCAGCAUGCAAGACGCUCACGGAUUCAAAGAUCCAAACACGUUCUUUAGACAUCUGGCGAAGGAAUUGGUUAGAAGCAAUUUUAAAAACAAAGAUCCAGCAGUGUGUAAGUGGCUUGUGUUUACAUCCUUCACGCGCUACAUGAAACCACACGACGCCCCAGCACCGCAGAAUCACACGGAAGCUGAGCAGUACAUGAAAGGACAUGUAGUGUUGGGUGGAGGAGGCCUGGCCAUAAUGAGCACAGCUGGUCUGCAUACGUGGCCGGAGAGGGUGGAAGAAUUGUACGAUCGCCUAACGGAUGAGCGGCUGAUCGAUUCUCACAACCUAAUGCCAAUUGCCUGGAACUGGAAGCCAUUCCACUGCAACUGCUUUUCUGCAAGCCUUGGUGCGACCAUCCACGAGGUUGGUCAUACACUAAACCUCGCGCACAGCAAGCAGGGCAUCAUGAGAUAUGGGUUUGUCGAUCUCCGGAACUUCCUAAUCGACCGAGAUGAUGGCAGGGCAUUCUGGGAAGACUAUCAGGCAGACUUUCUUCGCUACCACAAGUGGCUAAAUGAUGGAAGCAUUGAGAAUGACCAGAAAGGGCCAAGGCUGAUUGAAGGCAAUCGCAUCUGGUCAAAGCAUGGACUACGCUCCGUACAAGUAUGGCUGAAGCAGGAGGUUGUGCAGCGAUGGUGCUUAUCGGACACCCCCAACACGUUUUCCAUGGACGAACACCUGCAUGAAGUCCGAGACAUCUUGUCGUCAACCUUUCAAACACGUGCGCCCGAUGGGAAAGUGAAGUUAGUAGCAAUUGACUCCCUGGGAAACAUCAUGGAGAAGAGAUGGCUUCUGCCAGUUGAUUAACGUUGCCUGCGUCACUGCUUUAGAAAACUAGUCAGUGUUUUAUGACAAGUUAUAUUUAUGUUGCGACUCCUCAUGCGCAGUAACCUUAUUUCAUAGGCAGUUAAUCGCUUUCAGCUACCAGACACCUGAUACGCUGUAGGCAGCCAGCUGGUUACUUGCAAAAACAGCACGUUUAUCUUUUGUUCACUGUCACGAUUUAAACACGUCAAUCGCCACAUGUGCACAUGGUUUGAACGAACGCGAGGUGGGUGAAGCAAGCUCUCUAAGCUUGUGAUAGCAAUCAUGCCUAUAGAUAAGCAGUGUGCUUCGUUGCUGAGUCCACACUGCACCACACGUUUUAAAGGAAUACUUUACUCUAGAAUUUGAGAGUAUAUUAUGAUAGUAGAUUUAUAAAUAAUAGCACAUACCUAUA